AUGGAAUUAGGUCCCAAUGGUGGCCUUUUCCCGAAGCCCUUUAACACAGCUCUGAAGGCCAAGAUCACUGCAAACGCAACGUGUGGAGAAGAAGCUGAAGAAUUCUGUCGGAUGGCAGACAUGUACUCGCCACGACAACAAACACAAUGUGAGUUAUGCGAUGCUAACGAUCCUGAAGCAAGUCAUCCAAUAACCAACGCCAUCGAUGGAACACAUUCAUGGUGGCAAAGUCCAACUCUUGCAUCGGGAAAACAAUUUGAAUUCGUCACCAUUGAUAUUGAUUUGAAACAGAAUGCGACAAUCGUAACAUGGGAUUAG